GAAUAUUUCCGUAAAUCUCUCUCUACAAAAAGCUUCCCCUGGAAUUCAGCUUUUCUUUUCCCCGUUUGAUUAGCGAACAAAGGAAAAACUUUAUUUCCCACUUCUCUUUCCUCUGGCAUUCUGAACAAAUCUCAACCCAAUUGAUCGAAUUCCUCUCUCUCCUCCCUCCCCCUUUUACUACUGUUUGCUGAGCAAUUAAUACUUGGGAUGCCUCUUCGUUUUGCCUUUUGAAGAAAACUGAACAAAGCAUUGCUAAACCCCUCAUAAACAAGAAAACAACAAGAAUCACUCUUAAAUGGAGUAGUGGAGAGGGUCGUAUUUGAAUGUGGGUGUUUGAGAGCGAGAGAGACAGAGAGAGAUGCAUAGGCGAAGGUGUACGUUGGGACUAGUGAGGAGGUUGCUGUUGUGCGCAAUAGGUGCAAUAGGCCUACUAGCUCUGCUCUAUGCCCAUGUAGGCGUGUCCCCUUCCUCCCAAGUGGCCAACUUACCUGACUCUUACAAGCUCCCCGUGCAACAAGAAAUUGGAUACGAAAAACUGGGAGGAGAACGAAGCCUGAAGAUUGAAUUGGUGCCACUGCCACCCCAUUUGUCAAGAACUCCUCUACCCGCUUGCAAGAUUUUACAGUUGGAUGGUGCAGCUGCUGUUUUGGAGUUAGACAAGCUGUGGAAGCCACCACCAAAUCGAGAUUAUGUUCCGUGUGUUGAGCCAAGUCGAACCUACACAUUAACUGAAGAGCCUCGAGGUUACCUUCUUGUCCACACAAAUGGCGGGCUGAAUCAGAUGCGAGCUGGGAUAUGUGACAUGGUUGCUGUUGCCCGCCUUAUUAAUGCUACUCUUGUGAUUCCAGAGCUUGAUAAACGCUCAUUUUGGCAGGACACUAGCAAUUUUUCUGAUGUAUUUGACGAAGAUCAUUUUAUCAGUUCCUUGGCCAAUGACGUAAGUAUAAUAAAAAAGCUUCCUAAGGAAUUGGCAAAUGCUACUAGAGCGGUUAAGCACUUCAGAAGUUGGUCUGGCAUUGACUAUUACCAGGAUGAGAUUGCGAGCAUGUGGGCGGAUUAUCAGGUUAUUCGAGCAGCUAAGUCUGAUUCUCGACUGGCAAACAAUGAUCUGCCUCCAGAAAUUCAGAAGCUGCGCUGUCGUGCUUGUUAUGAAGCCCUUCGCUUUUCACCGUGCAUUGAAGCAAUGGGAAAAUUGUUGGUGGAUCGGAUGAGGUCUUAUGGUCCAUACAUUGCUUUGCAUUUACGAUAUGAAAAGGACAUGCUUGCCUUCAGUGGGUGCACACAUGAUUUAUCCCCUGAGGAAGCCGAUGAACUAAAGACAAUCAGGGAGAACACUGCUUAUUGGAAGGUGAAGGACAUAAAUUCCACAGAACAAAGAGCCAAAGGAUAUUGCCCUUUGACUCCAAAGGAGAUUGGAAUAUUUCUCACUGCUCUGAGAUUCCCGUCAAAAACCCCUAUAUAUAUUGCUGCUGGAGAGAUAUAUGGUGGGGAUUCUCGUGUGGUGGAUCUGCAAUCACGCUAUCCCUUGUUAAUGAACAAGGAAAAACUGGCAUCCGCAGAGGAGCUAGAGCCUUUUAUCAAUCACGCAUCUCAAAUGGCAGCACUGGACUUCAUAGUGUCAGUUGAGAGUGAUAUAUUCAUUCCCUCAUACUCUGGAAACAUGGCAAGGGCCGUUGAAGGUCAUCGUCGGUUUCUGGGACAUAGGAAGACCAUUUCUCCUGACAGGAAAGCCCUUGUCCAUCUUGUUGACAAAAUACAGCGGGGAACUUUGAAAGAAGGCAAAAAAGUUUCAACUCGUGUUGCUGAAAUCCACAAAAGACGGCAAGGGUCCCCAAGGAAGAGAAAAGGCCCCAUUUCAGGAACAAAGGGCACAGAUAGGUUUCGAUCAGAAGAAGCGUUUUAUGUCAAUCCUUUACCCGAUUGUUUAUGUCAAAAGGAAACAUCGACUGUAAUUCUGUGAACACCUCUGUCAUUAUUAGGUAGGUUAGAGUAGCACUGCCGGUACAAAUCCUUGUGGGAAAAUGCCUCCAGGCCAGUUGAUCGAUGGCAUGCUUCAUUUAUUAAGUUGGUGCUGCCACUAUCUGAGCUACGGUUGCAAUUGUUGGAAUCCAGAGAAUAGAUUGCUGGCUUCAUGUAUAUAUUUUGCUGAAAAAGUUUAGGGAUCAUGCUGGGGAAGACGGUUGACUGAUGCGAGGCUUCCCCUUCAACUAUGAAGGUGGGAUUGUCGCCUGGAAAUUGGUCAAGUUUUGGGAAGGGGGAUACGAUACUGUAUUUGUAGUUUUGUUAUAGCUUUGUUCGUGUAUCCAAUUCCAUUCCAUUCAUGUGCAUUUUAAUAAAUAGAAGAGAGUGAGACUCCAUUUUUUCGCCU